AUAUCACCCAAACAAUCCCAACAUGGAUAAAGCAUUGACUGAAUUGUCUAAUAGAAUUGGCAACUUGGAGUUACUUUUGAAUCAUACGAACCAAAAUCACUCCAAACUUUUCCAAGUUGAAUCGUUAAAGCAACAACUAGCUACGGUAUACAAAGAACAUCCAGAAUUGGUUAAGUUCAACCAAAUUUUAACAGAUCUAAAGUUAUGGGAUGCCUUAAAGAAACAAGAUUCAAGUGAAGAAGAUGUUAGCAGAGAAAUGAAACAAGAAUUCAUCGUAUUCAAUUAUUCCACACUCAAAGAAAUAACUUCCAAUCUUGCUGAAUUGUCAUCUCUAAACUCAACCACUGUUAUUGACAAAUUAAAUACCGACAUUCAAACUACUGACAUUAGCAGUAGCAAACUACUAUUAUCCACAUACAAGGACGAUAUUUUCCGUAUAAAUGAGUUAAUGACUAUGCUUAUUAUGAAGAAUAUGAUUGUCUAUGAGGAAUAUGUCCAAUUAAUGAUCAAGGAAAACAAGAAGUGGCUACAAUUCGAAGAAAUGUUAUCUCAACUUGAGUCUAAGAUUAAUCAUAUUGAAACUAUACAAGCUCAAAAGAACAAGUACUAAUACUAUACAGAAAUUGUCUUCCAAAUAUUUAAACCAUCACCACCAGUGGAUAUCAAACAACCAGGUAUUUGCUUGUGCCAUCUGACAUCCUUAACAUCCCUUUGCCAAUGGACAAAUAACAAUUGAGGUGGAAUAUCAUUCAAUUCUUUUAUUUCUUUUCUUUGGGUGGAGAUUUCUUCAUCGUCAGCUUCAACUGCUAAAUCCCAUAACGUAACAGUGUUAUCUUCUGAAGAAACAGCAAUGAUGGAUUCAUCCAAUGGGUUAAAUGAAAUAGAAGUAACCGCUGAUUUAUGGAAAUCAUAGUUAGCAACUGGAGUUGGGUUGGUCUUGGCAGUAAAGUUUCUUAAAUCCCAAACACUCCAUGAACCAUCAUCAUGACCGGAAGCUAAUAAGUGGUUAAUCUUGUUACACCAUGAAAUAACGUUAACAUCAGUAUUAGAAGCCUUUACUGAAAUAGCUGGUUUAUGCUUUUUAGAUCUGGUAUCCCAAAUACGAACAUAUCCUUCAGUAUCUGCUGUAGCAAAAACAGUGUUUUCACCAGUUGACCAUUGAAUAUCUUCAAUUGAAUGUUGGGAUGCAAAAAAUGGUGUUUUGUCAGUGACCCAAUUGGAAGUAGUUCUUGAAGUUAAAUGUACUCUACCUGAUACAUCACCAGUUAAUAAAGCUCCAGUAUUUAUCAAUGGUGACCAAUCUAAACCGUACCCUUCGACAUUACCAUGGGCUCUGAUGGUGUGGAUUGGUCUUUUGGAAGAUUUAGGAAUCAUGUAACCUGGUGUGUCAAAUGCUUUAUAUUGUGCAGAUAAAUCAAAAAUAUAUGCUUCACCAUUUUCUGACAUGGUUGCAGUUAAAUAUUCUCCUGUUUGUUGUGCGUGUGGUGAUACUCUAAUUCUAUUAGUAGUAUGUCUUAACGGAAUGGUUUCACUGUCUAAAAUAGGAUCAGAAUCAACAUCUUCGUCUUCAUCUUCCUCGUCGUCUUCGUCUUCAUCCUUAACUAAGGUUUUAGCUAAAGAGGAUGCCUUCAUUACUAUUAAUUCAUUGUCCUUUGCCUUAGAUGCUUGAGUAGCAGUUGCCAUAUACACUGAAGCAGGGAAUGAUCUUCUUUCAUCACCUAAGUUAUCUGGUAAUAUAUCAACAGUUAAACAUGGCCAUGGCAAAUUAAUAUUAUGUAACAUUUCAUAAACUGAUGGAUCAGCUUCUAAAACUUCAUCUGGUCCUAAUGGUUUUGAUCUAUGUGGCAAAUAUAUCGAUGAUUCUUCUUGUUCUUCCAUUUGUUCCAAUUUUUCAAUCUUUUCAUUGGCGGCUUCUUCAUCCAUUUCCUCAUCUUCAUUAUCAUCUAAUUCAAUAAUUUCUCCAUCACUUUCAAAUUCAUCCCCAUAAGGAUCUUCAAAUUCACCUACAUCAAGGUCAUUUUCUUCCGUAAUUGGAGCAGGAUCAUUUGGGGUCUUCUUGUUAUGACUUUCUAAGUCAUCAGAUGCACCACGCUUUGACAUUGUUGGUUGAUUUAAACUUC